AUGGAGCGGCACCAGCGCGAGUUGCUGCAGCGGCUGAACUUCCAAGACGAGGUGCUGUCCCUUCUGCUGGUGGCGAAACCUGCUGAGCAGAGGGCAAUGGCGGAGACGGAGAUCUACUAUCAGGAGCAGAGGCAGCCCCCAGAACCGGAGAGCCUGCCCGUGGAUCCUCCGAAAUAUGGCUCCAAGGUAGCUUCACGGCAAGAUUCCUUGGAUGCCGCAGUGCUCGAAGCGCCCGCGGCCGUGGCGGAGGACAUGAACCUGGACUUGAUCGAAAUGCCGCUUUCCCGGCAGGUAAGUCCAGACAGCGGGAUUCGCAAGGAGUCGGCGAUGAUCGACGUGCAGCAACAGCUUGACAGAGUUGGUGCAUCCAAGCCAAGGCUUUUCCGCACGCAAAGUGAGAAGGAGGAGGCCAUGAGGCGUGCUGCUUCGGCACGGGAACUCACGCUGGAAAUCGACCUCGAAGGAGCGCCCGCGGACGAAGCCAACGACUCCGAGAUCUGUCCUUCGCAAACCCGGCGGAGUAUCCGCAAUGGCCCUCCAGAAAAUUGGGCAGAGAUGAGCUGGAGAGAAAAGAUGCAGGGCGUGGUUCAGUCGAUGCCCUUCGAGGUCUUUUUCUCGGUCUGCAUCGUGGCGAAUGCAGUGGAGCUGGGCGUCGAUGUGCAGAUGUUUGCACACAACCCAGGUCACUCCGCGAUCGAGAUGGAGGUCAUUGGCUACAUCUUCACAGCGCUGUUUUCGGUGGAGCUUUUCCUGAGAAUUGCCGCUCAUGGUAAGCAAUUCUUCCUGGAACCCAAGAACCUUGCUUGGAACAUCAUGGAUCUCAUCAUUGUCGGCAGUGCUUUCGUAGAAAUUAUCGUGCAGAUGUCUCUGAGCAUACUCAAUCAGGACACUCCGCCUGGGGUGUCUACAUUGACGAACAUGCGUGUGCUGCGGAUCAUCAGAAUCACAAGAUUGGUUCGAUUGACGCGCAUCGCGCGGAUCACUCGAUUCAUUAAGGCGCUGCGGACAUUGGUGAGUUCGAUCGUCUUUACGCUCAAAUCUCUGGUUUGGGCAUUGGUGCUACUUUCGUUGAUCAUCUAUGGGUUUGGCAUUGUGUUCACACAAGCCUCAACCCUCUACCUCAUGGAUUAUCAACAUGGUGACGGUGCUUUGGACGAUGCGGAUCCGAUCCUGAUUGCCAUCAAUGAGUACUGGAAGGAUCUCCCUGCGUCCAUGCUCACGUUGUUCAUGGCAAUAUGCGGCGGGGUCAGUUGGGAGAAUGCAUUGAGACCGAUGACUGUUGUCUCGGAGUGGUGCGCUUUCCUCUUCCUGUUCUAUAUAAGUUUUUGCUAUUUCGCUGUGCUUAAUGUGGUGACAGGCGUUUUCUGCCAAAGUGCUAUAGAAAGCGCCCAAAGCGACCAUGAGAUGAUCAUGCAGAACAUCAUUCACAACAAGGAGGCUCACAUACGGAAGGUAAGGUCCCUCUUCUCCAACCUGGAUGCCGAUGAGUCGGGCUACAUCAGCUUGGUGGAGUUGGAAGAGAACAUGCACAACAAGUCGGUCCAGACCUACUUCGAGGCCCUGGAGUUGGACGUGUCUGACGCGUGGACCUUCUUCAAGCUGCUUGACACUGAUGGUGGCGCUGCCAUAGAGAUUGAGGAGUUCCUGUUGGGAUGCCUGCGACUGCGGGGCCCUGCCAGGGCACUGGACCUGGCAAAGAUGCAGCAUGAUCAUCAAUGGCUGUCCAAGACACUCGGUGCCUUCAUGGCCCACGUGGAGGUGUCACUGCGAAAGCUUGAAGCAGGGCUGCUCAAGUUGUGCGAACUGCAGUUCGACUCCCAAAUCGACGAGUCGAGUCAAGUACCCUCCGUGCCGUCCCGGCCAAAGUCACAGGGCUCCUACAAGCCGCUGGCCGUGCCCCCGCUUAUCAUCCACCAGACUCAUGAAACAGAGCAGCUUCAUUCGCCGGCAUUCGCGGAUGCUGCUCCACCACCUGCACCACAGGAAGCCGACGGCAGCCCCGCGCCGACUCAAAGCUCGGAGGGGGUCACUCAUGUGAACCACGUCAUCGUCCCACGUGGGGCACAGGUAGCUGAUGUCUCUGAACUCGAAGUCAGUCCGGUCAAGCGGAUGAGCGAUGCAGGCCGAGCCAGCUUUGUGAGUGCCUUGCCGGCAAAGCUGAGCCAUCAUGGAGCCGUCGCUCGAAAACAUCUGGUGAAAGCUGGCGAUGUGCAAAAAGCAGAGGCGUAUGGUGAGCCCAGGCUCGCCACCGCCGAACUCGUUGGAGGCGCUUGCUUCUGGGGUCUAAUGUACUGGCUCUUCUUCAAGGCCGUCGCACACAUCACCAAGCUGGUAGAGGCCAUCCCUGAGUUGGAGAUUGGCAGCUUCUUGGCCUUGAGUCUCAUCCCGCUCUUCUUGGUUCGGAGCUUCAGCUGCAUUGGACCUCUGGUGGAGCUGCAAGCGGUGCUGGGUCACAUUUCCCGAUCGCAUGAACACCUGCGGAGUGCCGUUCUAGGAAAGAUGAGCAAGGCACUGACUAGGCCGUGCCUUGAUCUCGCCAUAGCAUGUGCUUGGGCCAUGAGCGUCACGGCUAUCAGCGACGACCGGUUUGCAGUUGUCAUCAAGAAGAACACAUCUCAAGAUACCGAAAGCUUCGGCUUUGCUAUGCUGACCAGCACCUUGAUCGGCAUCAGCAGCUGUGUGGCCUUCUACUUCUUGCGGCAGCGGUAUCCGAUGGUCUACGAGAGCAGCACCUCGCACUUGCCCCAGUCCGUACUCGAUGGGGAGGCCGAGGUGGAAAUGGCCCUGGUGGGAGGGGUGUCCGAGGUCAAAGGGCGAACUGCCGGCUCAAGCUUUCGGCUUCUUCGGGUGGCUUCGAACCAGUUUGACGACGUCAUUGAUUACGUUGGAAUGGACCAAAUCAUGCUGCUGGAGUUCACCCAUCUCAGCAUGAAGGCGAUGUUUGGCAUCGGCAUUCCGGCUCUGAUGGUGCUAGCGCCCCUGCACGCGCGCUCCGGUGGCGCGGACGACGACCUGAGCCGGAUCGGUUUGAGCAACCUCGAUGCAGAAACCUGGAUACUUUGGGUCCAUGCCGCGUUCGUUUGGUACGUGGUGCUGCUUGUGCUAUGCCUGGUGUACCGCGCACAGCAUCGCAAGUUCCGGCCCAGACGGAGUCGCUGGCUCUCCAAUAUGCCAGAUGGAAGAGCCACCACACGGCUGGUGGAAGGCAUCCCUGAGCAACUCCGCACCGACGCUGCCAUGGCGAAGUUCUUCGAUCAGAUCUUCGGGCAGCCUGUGGUCAAGGACGUCGUCUUCGUGCGGGACACGUCCUCGCUGCUGCCGCUCAUCGAGGCACGAGACAUGCUGUCGGAAGAGCUGGCGCAGGUUGGUUUGCAAUGUGCUGCCUCACACGAGGCUCGCGAGGCAGCAUCGCCUCGACGAUUGCAAACCUUGGAGAGGCGAUACAACCGGGCAUCGGCUGCCGCCGAGGAGAUGGCCACCAGGGUGUUCAGUUGCCAGUCUUUCGCGAGCGAUGCGGCUUUUGUAACCUUCCGCGACCGCCGCCAUGCCGAGUUUGCGAGAGGUCUGCGAUACAGUGAAAGUCGCGGCCACUUCGCGGUCUCGUUGGCUCCGGAGCCAUUCGAUGUGCACUUCGCGUCAUUCACGCGCUCGUCGGCCAGUGUCGAAAAAGGCAGUGCGCUCGUUGGGCGCUUGCUAGUGGCUUGCGUUUUUUUCUUUUUCCUGCCGGUCGUGAUUGGUAUUUCGUCCUUGCUGAGCGUAGAUUCCCUGACGCACCUGGUGCCGAAGCUCGAGGUCUGGUCCAGGGAGUACCAGUACAUCACCACAGCUUGGGAGGCCCUGUUGGGCACAAGCCUCCUCUCCAUGCUGAUGGACCUUGUGCCCUGGAUGCUCUCGGAGGUCUUUUCGAGGUUUUAUCGCCUGCGGUCUGGUUCAAAAGGCCAGCACAAGAUCCAGCGGUGGUACUUCUUCUUCCUGGUGGUGUUCGUGCUGCUGGUCACCGCCGUUGGCACGUCACUCUUCGAAGCAGCAGCGCGCUUGGCACAAGAACCGCUGAAGGUCUGGUAUCUGCUCGCAGACCAGCUUCCCGACUCCACGAAUUUCUACCUCCGGUAUGCCGUCCUUCUCUGGAGCACUCCCUUCUUUGACCUUGUCCGCUGCUUUCCACUACUCUAUUUCUGGAAGGCCUUGCAGGCGGGUGAGCCUCCGGAAAUUGCCAAAGAGCUUUCCGAGCCAGAGGACCAAACGUUUCACGGCGUCGGCGCCCGGAGUGCGCGCUGGUCGCUGCACAUGGUGCUUGGUCUGACCCUAUGCAGCUUGCAGCCAUUCAUUCCUGUGAUACUGGCGAUUGGCUUUGCCUUCCGCCGACUAGUGUUCGGAUACCUGAUCGUCUUCGUGGAGACCAAGAAGUCCGACUCCGGAGGGCAGCUUUGGAGAGCCCAGAUGCAGCACAUUCAGAUGGGACUGGUCAUCUACAUCCUCGUGAUGACCCUGAUCCUCUUGGAUCGGGAAGAGUCCAUGGUGGCUGCCAUCUUCGCCGGUAGCAGCGGCUCCCUCGUGGCACUUUACUGGUAUUGGUGGCCAUCGCUGCUUGAUCUAACUUCCCUGCCCGUGCAGCAGGCUGAGUUGAAGCCAACUUGCCUGGGACGCGAAGAGGACGAGGCAGCCGGGGCCGAGGCCGAGCAGAGCUUCUCACCUUACCUUCAACCGGAGCUGCGCGUGACGCUCCCGGUGACAGCUUUGAUUCGGCAGGAGUCAACCAUCUGGGAUGAGUCGGACAACUUUGAAGCAGUCGCGGAUGCUGGAAGUGUGCAACCUCCAGGUGGUGUCGCCGAUUGGGUGCUGGGUGAGGACUUGCUUUGGGCUGGAUAUGGCAGUGGGUGCCGACGGGACAGCCUGCGGGUCAACUCUGCCGGGGACUGCUUGUCGAAGAUCGACGCGGUCAUUCCUGGAAUGGAUCUGCUGUCCGAAGUCACCUGGAUCAAGAAGUGCGUUGUUGCGCACUCGGACUGCAACUGUGUGUCAGCCUACCAAGUCUUCUUCGGAGGGGAAAUCGGCAAAGAUGACACUUCUCAGGGACCGAAAGGAGCCGUCAGAUGGGGCGUCGACAAGCCUUUGGACACUCUGGCUAGGUGCAUGCCUUCUUUCGGGCUUCGGCACAUUGUGAGGUCUGCGAUUCCGGGCGCGCACAAUCUCAUGACGGCUCUGCUGCUGUUCUUCGCAGUGAAUCUGCUGGUGGCGGCGGUGCCGGAAAGCGUGCACUUCGAGCUGCCAGAGCAUCUGAAGGUCUUGGACCCAGAUCAUAAUGGUAUCCUCACAGGCACUGAGCUUGGGAUCGUGGUUCGGACAUUGUCGAUCAAGAUGCUGCAAGUGCUACGUUUCUUGGAGACUGGCCUUUUCGCUUUGAUGGCUAUUGCGAAGCCGAAAUCGCACAAGGCGGACAGCAACGAUGUUAUAGACCAAUAUUGGAGGAAUGUUGAUCGUAAAGUGAUGAAGCCCGUGAUUAUCAGCAUUCUCUUGCAUGCCGUGAUCCUCCUAUACACGGUCUCUGGAGUUCUGCGGACAUUGGGCUUAGCCCCGAGGAGCAUCCUGGCACUGGGCGGGGUGAGCGGCCUCGCCUUUGGCCUGGCCGCGCAAAACCUGGUUGGAAAUUUCAUGUCAGGCCUUCUACUGGUUUUGAACCGCCAAUUCACCGUGGGAGAUUUCAUUGAGACCAACGGUAUCCAAGGCAAGGUUCUUGCAAUGGGCUGGACCUUCAUUGAGAUCCAGCGAGAAAAGGAUCUGGUCAUGCUGCCCAACUCACAGGUGGUCGGGACAACGGUGGUUCAAAUCGGACGCUUCUCUGGCGCUGAAGGAGGAGACGGUGCUUCCGAGUCCACGAAUGCAUGA